AUGCUACCAGAGUCAUCCACCCCGUUCAUUGCGAAUGCUCCAAUGUUCGGCUUUGCCGACGUCAAGCUCGCAACCGCCGUAUCCCAAGCCGGCGGAUUCGGCUUCAUCGGCGGAGGCUUCGACUUCCGACCCGAGUCCACUCAGCUCUCGAGUCUAGAUCGCCAACUGACCGAAGCUCGCUCCAUCCUCGGCCUGGCCGAUGGGCCACUGCCGCUUGGAGUGGGCUUCAUCACUUUCCAAUCCAGUGGAUUCAUCGAGAAUGCUAUUCCAAUUCUGCGAAAGCAUCGAGUAGCAGCCGUUUGGCUUUCAUUUCCCCAGGCGGAUGUUGAUCAUGAUGCCAUGGUACAGGCUAUUCGGGAGCCCCGGGAUUGGGAUACCAAGGUAUUUGUCCAGGUUGGGACCGUUGCGGCUGCAAAGGAGGCGAUUCGGCAGGGGGUGGAUGUGCUUGUGGUUCAGGGGACGGAUGCUGGAGGACAUCAGUGGGCUCAUGGGGCGAGUUUGAUCUCGCUUUUGCCUGAGGUGCGAGAUGUUCUGUCCGCUGCCCAGAAUACGACGACCGCUAUCCUGGCGGCGGGGGGUAUUGUCGAUGGGAGGGGUUGUGUUGCUGCUCUUGGUCUGGGAGCCGAUGGAAUUGUCAUGGGCACGAGAUUUGUUUCGACGUUUGAAUGUCCCGCGCCGUCUGCAAUGAAGCAGACUAUCGUGUCUAGUACCGACGGUGGAGUCUCGACGGUCAAGUCUGUCCAGCAUGACGUUUUCCAGUCAACCGAUGUAUUCCCCAGACAGUACGAUGGAAGAGCUGUGAUUGGAAUCAGCUAUGAAGAUUCCCAGACCGGUGUUAGUAACGACGAAGUUAUCCGGCGGUACAAUGAGGCUCGACAGGCUGGAGAGGACCAACGACGGACAGUGUGGGCUGGUGCGAGUGUUGGAAGCAUUAAUGCCGUUCUCUCCGUCGACGAUGUCCUCACAACUACUCGGCAAGAAGCAAGGGCGAUCUUGGAGCGCAUGAGGACAGUGCUAUAA